AAAAGGUGUUACCAAGAAAAAGAAAAAUGUUCAUUCUUAUUCUAAUCAUCUGUGCUCUCUUCAGUGGAGUGUCAUGUCAAGACAGACCCACCAUUAUAAGUCCAGAAGGAACGGAAUUGAUAAAAAAUGCUGGUGAACCUAUACAAUUUUUAUGCACAGGUUCUAAAAAAAUUUUUUUUUACUAUCCAACGAAUUACGGAUCAGACAAGGAAGUAUCCAAAAAGGUUAUAUCAUCGAAAAUAGAAGAAAGCAAAACUAAUACAGAAUUUGGAAGUACAUACAAUUUAUCUCGACGUAAAUCCGUACCUGGUGAUACGGGUUGGUAUGGUUGUUCUUAUCACAACCGAACGAUCACUCGAAAGAAUUAUGACGAUCCCAAAUUUAGUUGGGUCUACAUUUACGUGGAUUCACCUAACAGUUCGUUUGUCGAAAAUGUGGUCGAAACUAUAAAAGGAGUAACCGGUAAUACGGCUUUAAUACCAUGUCGACCAACUUUGCCAAAUUUGCAAGUUAUUUUUUACAAUCGAUUGGGUAUGGUUAUCGCUGUAGAAGAUAAUAUAUCAUACGAUCCUAAAUUUGGAUUUAAAAUGGACCAUCUUAGUUUGCAUAACAAUGGACUUUAUAAAUGUUCAAUUACGAGAGAUGAUAUAACGUACAACGUCACUUAUCAUUUGGAUGUUUUUACUAAACCAAAAUUAAUUAUCAUAAAUGAGGAAUCGUAUUAUUCGCAUGGUGAAAUUGUUGAUUUUCAUUGUCUCAUGAAGGCUUAUCCAGAACCAGAAAUUUAUUGGACUUUUCUACAAUGUCCUAAUUAUCCUUCCCAGAUUAAUACCAGUCUCAUCGAAUUAAAUCAUACGACUCAAAUGCUAUCAAGCAUGUCUUAUCUAUCGAAAGCAUCUAUGAAAAUUGAAAUGUCUGGUAUCAUUAAUUGUACAGCUUGUAAUUCUGAGGGAUGUAAUUCAACUACCAGUAAUGUUAUGAUGUCUGAUGGUGUCAAAGAAUUUGGUAUAAUAGAACCUAAAGGACCAAUUGUUGAAAGUGAUGACAUCAAAAUCAUUUGUGCUGCAUCUAUUUAUAACUAUACUAAUAAUAUUUUAUGGGUGGAUAAUAACAACAAGGCUAUAUCAGAAAAUGAGAGAAUCAAAAUUAUUUAUAAGACAACUUUGAACACUCAUCGUGCAAUAUUGCAAAUAAAGAAUGUUCAACUUAAUGAUUCGAUGAUUUAUAAAUGUAUUGAAGAAACUAAAGAUGCAAAAACCAUUUCUUAUCGCUAUUACAAUUUGGUGGUUUACAAACAAAAAAAACCUUCGUUUACUAAUAUGAAUUUAAAUGAUACUGAUUUGGUAAUCGAUUUCGGUAGAGUAAAUCUCAAACCUAUUAUUUUGAAGUGUUAUGUAUAUGUAAAUGACCAAGCAGAACUACUUCCUUACGAUAAGAAAUGGGAAUUUCCAAGAGAAAGGUUGAAACUUGGAGAAAAAUUGGGUAUUGGACAAUUCGGGGUUGUUAUAAAAGCAGAAGCUAUAGGAAUUUAUGCUGGUGAAAAUGUAACAACGGUUGCAGUUAAAAUGGUACGACGUACGGCAAAUUUAACUUAUGUUCGUGCUCUAGCAAGUGAAUUAAAGAUUAUGGUACAUCUUGGUAAACAUUUGAACGUCGUCAAUCUUUUAGGUGCUUGCACGAAAAAUAUUUUAAAAGGUGAAUUAUUGGUCAUCGUUGAGUACUGUCGAUUUGGUAAUUUACGUAAUUUCUUAUUGAGACACAGAAUGGAUUUUAUCAAUCAAAUUGAUCCUUCCACUGGUAAAUUUGAUACUACAAUUGGUACUUAUCUUCUCAGGAAAACCGCCAGUAUAAACAGUAAUAAUAGAUUCAAUUAUCGUGGUGAUUAUAAGGAUCAUAAUUUGAAACCAAUUUGUUCUCAAGAUCUUUUGUCUUGGGCAUUUCAAGUGGCUCGUGGUAUGGAAUAUCUUAGUCAGAGAAACGUAUUGCACGGUGAUUUAGCUGCGAGAAACAUAUUACUCGCUGAAAAUAACGUAGUUAAAAUUUGUGACUUUGGUUUGUCUAAAACAAUGUACAAAGAUGGUAAUUACAAGAAGAAAGGUAAUGAACCAUUGCCCAUAAAAUGGAUGGCGAUCGAAUCAAUAAGAUAUAAAGUGUUUUCUACGCAAUCGGAUAUAUGGUCUUUUGGAAUUGUCCUUUGGGAAUUCUUCACAUUGGCUGAAACUCCUUAUCCAGGUUUGGAAGCUGAGAUACUGUAUAAGAAACUGAAAGAAGGUUAUAGAAUGGAACAACCAGCUUAUGCUACUCCAGAUGUAUACAAAAUAAUGUUGCAAUGUUGGAAWGMAAAACCAACUUUGCGUCCAGGUUUCACAGAAUUGGUGGAAAGCAUUGGUAAUUUGUUAGAGGAAAGUGUAAAAACGUAUUACAUAACUCUGAACACACCUUACAUGGAGAUGAACACGAUGAUUUUGGAUAGUAGAAACGAUUAUUUAAAGAUGAUGUCAGCACCAGAUCAUACAACUCUAUCAUUGGCAGCUGGUGAUUAUGUGAAUUCACCUAUUUCGGAAAAUCCACCAGAUCCGACAUAUUUAUGUAGGAGUCGAACAAAUACUGGUGACAAGUCGGACAUAUUUAAUCUUAGACUGGAUGCAGAAAAAUUGCAUUCUGAAUUUGCUUCGAUGAUGUCUGAUAACGAGGAUGCAAUUGAAUUAUCACCAAUUGCAUCCAAUAUUAUCGAAUUGCAUGGAAUGAAUAACGUAGAUGAUCCUUAUUUAAUACCAAUGGAAUGGGCCCCAGGAAGUAUCCCUGUACUUAAAGAACAAUAUGCAAAUGUUAAACCAAUCAAACAAAGCAAAGGCAUAGAAUCUAGGUAUCGUAAAGUACCACGAAAUCAUAAAGUGUUAGAAUCAGAAAAAUCGACAAAAAAUAUGAAGAUAGAUCGGUCUGAUAACAAAGAUGAAUACAAGGAGGAAUUAAUACCAAUGUUAAAUAACGUAGAUGAUAAACCACGAAAUCUUAAUUUGUUAGAUAUGAUUAAAAAAUUGACGACAAAGAAUGAUUUAAAAACAAAUAUACCUGAUUGCUUUAGCAAUUCCAGUUACAUCAUGAUGGGAAAAGAAUUAAAUCAUACGUUGGUGUGA